AUGAUGCCUCCUCCACUCACCACGACCGUUGUCGUCUCAGCCGUUCUGCACUUGCUCUCCGAUCAAUACGAAGCUGGAUUCCGAAACCGCUCCCCGUCACCGCAUUCUGACAGUCUGAAAUAUCCACCAUCCUCCACCGAGCUCUUCUUUCUGUGUUCUAUCCACGCCGUCUCAGAGCCUCCCUCGGAAAAAAAUUCGUGUAACCGGUCAACGCACAUCAGCCAUCUAUCGCCUCCGGCCGACAAUGCAUCCCUUGGCUAUUACUUCGAUUCCCUCAACAAGCUGGAUCACUGGUCUCCGGCUUCUUAA